GGGAGCCGUGCGGGUGCAGGGGGGGACGGACGUGCCUCGACCAGCCAGGCUGGUGCGACAGCCGUGUUGGCGAGCAAAGGAGACACGGCGUAGAGGAGCUGGCACCGGCGCGGGCGCGCUACCGGCCAGACGGCGAGCGUCAAAUUGGGAGGACCUAACCCGUGCAGGCCCCGACGAGUCCGUGCUCGGUCCGGCCCGGCUCGAGGUCGUCACGAAUAAUUUGGGAGAUGGGAUUAAUCGCACGGGUGGGUUGAUAUUAAGCCGGGGGUGGACGCUGGAGCCGCCACGACCUCGAUAUGUUUGCAAAGUGGAGAAAGUCAACAAGGACGAGCGCAGACCUGCCCUUGCGUCGGAGCGAUUAAACACGCCAAUGCGAAGCAGCGAGGGACUGGCCGGGCGGGCCGCGGGCAAGGACCGGAGCAACAGUAUGUCACGAGCCGAACGUGAGCCAACAACGUCCGAUACCGCAUAGAAAAGCGUCCGCGCCCCGGGGUCGUGAAUGGGAGCGUCGCGUGCGAGUCCGGGGCAGCGAUUCUGCUCGGCGCUGGUGUCCACGGACAAAUGGGGAAGCGUUCAGAGGAGAGCACGGGUCUAGACAACGUGACGUCUGAGGACAGGUUGCAAACGCUUGGCUCAGUCUAGACGAGAGAAGACUGGGUGGGGGGAUCGGAUAGAAGCAAGAUACAUUUAGCAUCCCCUGCCUGAAGGCACUGGGCAGGCCACGUGUCCACGUCACUGCAGCGAUGCAUCCAGCCCUACGCAAGGACCAAAGAGCUCCUUUCCACCAGUCAAGACCAAGCAUCAACAUGUCAGAGCACGGGAAGAGGCAAAUCUGAGUCCUUAGCAUCAGCUAGACCCUGUCGCCCCUCCCUGAGAAGUGGCGCUGUCUCCCGGCACCAUGAUCCGCCGACUGCUGGACCGGCCGUGCACCCUGGCCCUACUCAUAGGAUUCCAGUUUGCUUUCAUGGCCUACUUCUCGCUGGGCGGUUUCCGGAACUUGACCUCCAUCUUUGGGCGCGAGUCCAUCCCCGUCUUCGACUACUCCCGCACUCGUGACGUGUACACCAACCUGAGCCGCCUGCUGCCCCCACGUGGCACCCCACCAGGACCCCUGCCCUACUGCCCAGAGCGCUCACCCUACCUCAUUGGCCCCCUGACCGUGAGCUUCAGUCAGGUGCCAACCCUGGAGCAGAUCCAGGCAAAGAACCCGGCGGUGAGUGUAGGGGGGCGGUACCGGCCCCUGACCUGCGAGCCACGGUCCCGCACAGCCAUCAUUGUCCCACACCGCAACCGGGAGAUGCAUCUGGGCCACCUGCUGUACUACCUACACCCCUUCCUGCAGCGCCAGCAGCUGCACUACGGCAUCUACGUCAUCCACCAGGCUGGGAAUUCCACUUUCAACCGGGCCAAGCUGCUGAAUGUGGGGGUGAAGGAGGCCCUGAAGGACGAAGAGUGGGACUGCCUCUUCCUGCAUGACGUGGACCUUAUCCCUGAGAAUGACCACAACCUCUACACCUGCGACCUCUGGAGCCCCAAGCACGUCUCUGUCGCCAUGAACAAGUUUGGCUACAGCCUCCCAUACCCCCAGUACUUUGGUGGGGUGUCAGCCCUGACUCCGGACCAGUACAUGAAGAUCAACGGCUUCCCCAACGAGUACUGGGGCUGGGGCGGGGAGGACGACGACAUUGCCACUCGGGUGCGUCUGGCCGGCAUGAAGAUCUCGCGUCCACCCGUCUCCAUUGGCCACUACAAGAUGGUGAAACACAAGGGAGACAGGGGCAAUGAGGAAAAUCCCCACAGAUUCGACCUGCUGAUCCGGACACAGCACAUGUGGACACAGGAUGGCAUGAACUCGCUCAGCUAUGUGCUGCUGGCCAAGGAGCUGCGGCCCCUCUACACCAACAUCACUGUGGACAUCGGGGUCAACCCGCGGCCCCUCAAGGGUCGCAAGGGGCCUGGACCACAGCCUGGCUUUGACGGGCAGAAGCACAAGAGCAGCUCGAACCACGGGUUCAGGCAGGAGAUGUUGCGCACGCUGCCCCGGGCCACGGCAGGCUGGGGGGAGCGGCUGCCCCCUGUGCGCAAGGGGGUGGGGACAGGUGCCAGCCAGAGGGUACCCCUAGCUCCUGAGACACGGAGCCAGGAGCCUGGAGCUGCUGCAGGCCAACUUGGAGGCAAGGAGGGGGCUCUACAGAAUGGCAGCCAGGCACAGACCAGAGUGGGAGUUGCAGACAGCCCUAGGCCUCAGCAGGGAGGAGCCCCUGCCCUUGGCAAGGCUGCUCAGCCCAGCCUCAACCUGCCCCCACAUGGCCCAGAGGCCUCUGGGAAAGGGAAAGGGAAGCUGGACUUAGGGGACAGUCACCCAGAGACAGACAGGGGUAGAAUGCCCCUGGACCUGAUGCCAGCCAGGAUGCUCCAGGCUCCCCGGAGCCAGGGGGACAAUCAGACGAUGCUGCCCAAUGCACGCUAGGCAGUGGCUGCCCAUGUGUGCUGGCAGGUGGGAGCUGUUUUCAGGGACUUGCUCCCUCAGCUGGCUCCUCCGGGGAGUCUUGGUAGCCCCACCUGGGUGCUGUCCCUGGGCCUAAGUCAGCCCUCAAGGCUCGCUGCUUGGGGCUCUUCCCUGGGCCAGCAGCAGGGAGCCAGCAUUGCAGGUGCCGGCAGGCCACAGGACUGGACCAAGGCCUCCAGCUGUGACCCUGCUGUUCUGGCCCCCAGGCCUGGGCCUUCCUGCACCAGGGUUGCCCAGGCUUGUGUGCUGGCUGUGAUCCCUCUGAUGGGAACCUCCCCCUGCCAACUUGACUGUGCGAGGCUGGGCCCUGCCUGGGAAGCCCAAUCUCACAGCUGAGGGUUGUGCUGUCCCAAGGUGCCCCGAGGUAGUACCCUGUCUAGGUACACAAGUGGGGUGUGGGGGAGGUAGGUCAGUGGUGGGUGUCCCUGUGGGAAUCUGCUCUUCCAGCAUCCCAACGCAGGUCUGGGGAGAGCUGCAGCAGAGCAAGCUCUGCCCAGCAGCUGGGUCAUGAGCCAUGCUGUGCCCAAGCUGCUGCAGAGCAACAGUAGAGGAUAGGAUUGCCCCUGCCUUAGAGUUGACCUCCCUGCCCUGACUCCCACUUUCGCUUCAGCUCAGCACCUGCUUCCUUGCAGUGCUGUAGCUGGGGCUGGGCUGACCUAACAUUGGAGCCAGAACCCCAAGCCUUGUGCUGCUCCUCAUAGCCUGCUGUCUGCUCUGCCUGCCUCUCCUCCCAUGGUGCCUGCUGUGGCAAGUGCCAUAUGGCUCAGGGCUGUGUGGCAAGAGACCCUACCCCUGCUGGCUGGAGUCCUGCCUGCACCCCUACUGCAGGGCCAGCCACAGAACAGCCUGCUUCCAGGGGACGGGAGCACCCCUCAUCAGGGCAGGUGUCUGCCUUGCAUAGUUCUGCAGCACAGGGCAGUGCCAGUCCUGUCCUGGAGCCACAGGCCCAGUGCAUGCAUGGAGCUGGCCAGAGCUACCUGGGCACUUGCAGGGGUGGUGAGGUUCCUCUUGCCACAGGUCACCACCUCUAGGGGGCAGAAUUAAGUGUGUGCCUGUGCUGGACCCCCUGGGCCUGCAUGAGGUCAGCCAGUCCUUGACAUGGGAGCUGGGCUGGGGCAGUAGUAGCUUUCCUCCAGAAGCCCCAAAGCUGGUGCUUCCCAGUGAGCAGAGUCAGCGCCUCGCACUGCUCCCAGCCUGUGCCUGCCUCCGGGCCCCACACUUGUGGGUGCUGCUACAUUGGACCCAGUGUCCCCCCCCUCCCCAUAGCCGCUCGCAUCCAGUCCCUGGCCCCGCGUGCGACUAUUUAUUCUAUUUAUGAACAAUCGGCUGCAGCAGCACUGGGGGUUUGUUAGGGUUUUUCAAUAAAAACUUUGUCUUGCAGUA